AAAAGGUGUGGCCCCUUUGACCCCUAUAUAAACGCCAAGGUGUGUACCCCUCACCCUACUCAGCGAAUAAUGACAAUGAAACAGCACUUCAUUGUGCAGCCCAGUAUGGCCACUCUCAGGUUGUGCGACUUUUAUUGGAGGAGCUCACUGAUCCCACCAUGCGUAACAACAAGUUUGAAACACCUCUGGAUCUGGCAGCACUCUAUGGACGGCUUGAAGUGGUAAAACUGCUGCUUAAUGCCCACCCUAAUCUACUGAACUGUAAUACCAAGAAGCACACCCCUCUACACUUGGCAGCGCGUAAUGGGCACCUUGCUGUUGUACAAGUCCUUUUGGAGGCUGGCAUGGACAUUAAUUACCAGACUGAAAAAGGAAGUGCCCUUCAUGAGGCAGCUCUCUUUGGGAAGACUGAAGUUGUCCAGGUUCUUCUUGCAAAUGGUAUUGAUGUAAAUAUCAAAGACAACCAGGGAAUGACAGCAUUGGACAUUGUCAGAGAGCUGCCUUCCCAGAAGAGUCGGCAGAUAGCUGCAGUAAUCCAAGGCCAUGUGAGUGGAAAACCUCCAGACACUGAAAAAAUAUCCUCUCAUCCUAUUCCUCCCCCUCCUCUUCCUCCUCUUAUUCCUCCAACUAUUAAGCAAGAUGCUGUCAGUCCCAGGUCAAAAGUGAAGAUGGAGCGGGAACUUUCAGAUCUAAUUACCCAACUAGACGUCAGGCCCGAAGAGGAAUGUCCAUAUGAAGCUCUGUUUGAAGCCACGUCCUGCCAUUCACUGGACAAUCUGGCCAGUGGCAAGUCAUCUGAUCAUGAACCCACUGGAGAAAAGAAAGAGAGGCCACCACCUCCAUCUCAACCUCCUCCAGAAGAAGAGGAAGAGCAGCCAACAGAGGCUUUGUAUAUGAACAGCAAGAGCAGUGAGUGUGAAGAAGAAAAUCCUUACGAGCUACUGAUUUGUGCUGAGACGAAGAAACCAUCUGCUCAAGACUUCAAGCAGAAGAAAGAUGUGGACAGCGUGCAUCUGCCUUCUGCCACUGUUCUACCUCAGCAACUGAAGCCUGUUUUGCCAUGUCCUGUGCCACCUCCUGGACACGCCUGUGCACCACUUCAGUCCGUGUCACAAACGUCAUUUGUACAACAGACCUCCAAAGGCAAUGCAGAGCCAUCUCAGGGUAAAGAGCCCAAAGCAGAGAGCCGUGACGCGGGUGUCUUUCUGGAGCAGUUUUCAGGACUUCUGCACGGCUCUUCACCAGUUUUUGAGAACAAGGAGGAAGUCUUGCAGGAGGAAGUCUCGCAGGUGUCUAGGUCCACUGUGGGCCUCAGCAAAGGUUUGGAGCCUAGGACUACUUUCAGCACUGUUGAGGAAAGCAAAGGGAGUUCAGCGCCCCCUAGUGCAACAAUGCAAAGCUCAAAGGCAGAGCCCAAAUCCACUGUAGUCUACAAAACCAUCCUGCACACUAGCAUUAACAGACAGGAGCCGCCAGCUAUUACUGGUCGGCCUCCCGGAGAUCUCAAGCUGGCUCGAAGUCUUUCCAAGUCGGACUCUGACCUUUUGGUGUCACCCCCCAGUGAGGAAGAAGUGGCAGGACUGGCUAGCCGCAGCGAGUCCAUUUCCAACUGCAGCAGUGGCAAAAAGAGACUGGAGAAGACACCGUCAUUUGCAUCGGAAUGGGACGAGCAAAAAUCCCUGCCUCCGGCUCCCAAACCCCGGAGAGCUAAGUCCUUGUACAGCAUUGAGAAAAUUAUGACCUUGAUUGGAGCGGGGAUUGACUUUUCUGGCCAUUCUGACAAGGCCUUAGGCGGGGGCGGAGGGGGCAUGCGUGCCCUGGACCAGCCUGUGGGCGAUUGGCUCGAACACAUUGGGCUCCCCCAGUACGAGAGCAAGCUGCUUCUCAAUGGAUUCGACGAUCUGCACUUCAUGGGAAGCAAUGUAAUGGAAGAUCAGGACCUACGGGAAAUCGGCAUUGUGGAUCCUCACCACAGGAGGAAGAUUUUGCAAGCAGCGCGGUCUCUGCCCAAGGUUAAAGCCCUAGGAUGUGAGGCGAACCCUUCUCUUGCUACCUGGCUGGAUUCACUGGGUUUACAGGAAUACCUUCACAAUUUUCUGGCCAGUGGUUACCACUCCAUUGACAGUGUCAAGAACCUGUGGGAGCUGGAGAUUGUCAACGUUUUAAACAUCACUCUCCUGGGUCACCGCAAGCGGAUCAUUGCAUCCCUGGCAGAGCGCUCUUACGAGGAGCCACCUGUCAAACCACCGCGGCUCUCCCAGAUCCGGUGCCAGGACCUUAUCUCACAGACCUCAUCUCCUCUCAGCCAUGAGUCCUACACUGCUCGCUCCAUGGACCUGCUGCUUCCCCAAGGAGAAUCUGUGAAGAGAAUAGCAGAGCAUCACCAAAAUACAGUGCAUCGCUCUCACAGUGAAUACCACAGAGUGCAGGACAAACAUGAUGAACGUCCGGAGCCAAAGCUGACCCUACGACCGCCAAGCUUAGCUGCACCCUACGCACCAGUGCAGAACUGGCAGCACCAGCCGGAGAAGCUGAUAUUUGAGUCGUGUAGCUAUGAGGCAAAUUACUUAGGAUCGAUGCUCAUUAAGGAACUUCGAGGCACAGAAUCGACACAGGAUGCCUGUGCAAAAAUGAGGAGGUCCACUGAACAGAUGAGGAAGGUCCCCAGUAUUGUCCUGUCCAUCACCUACAAAGGAGUGAAGUUCAUUGAUGCAAUAAAUAAGAAUGUAAUAGCAGAGCAUGAAAUUCGCAACAUCUCCUGUGCAGCACAAGACCCUGAGGACCUUUGCACCUUUGCCUACAUCACUAAGGACCUGCAGACUAGCCACCAUUACUGCCAUGUCUUCAGUACAGUGGAUGUGAACCUGACGUAUGAGAUCAUCCUAACGUUAGGACAAGCAUUUGAAGUUGCCUACCAGCUGGCUUUGCAGGCCCAGAAGAACAAGCUGCAUGCACCCUCCUUGCCAGUCGCAUCAGAGGUUGUUGAGACCAAAUCCACACGACCAGUGCCAAAGCCCAGAGGCAGCAUGAGGAAAUCUGGGGGUGCACCUCUUCCUGAAAGUCGCUGCUGUUACUGUCAAACAUGUACCACACACCGUCCGUCCUACCUCCCUCUGCACGCUGUCGGCACACAAGCAAAGAUGGAACCGCUGGAGCACGAACAUGAUUCUCAUUCCCAUGCCAGUGCUUCUUGGCUUGUGGAGCAAAAAACAGACCCCAAGAGGACCGUCAGCACCAACUGAACCUGGUUCCAAGUGCAGAGAUGGAGCUGUGAUGCCGGGGUUUUCGGGGAGGGGUGGCCAAGACAGGUUGGGACCCGGGCCAUUUUAGGAAUCGGUGUAUUCCUCCCUGCUCACUAACUCUGCCCAUCUCCAACCCGGCACCUUGAGGACGUGGAGGAUCAUCCGCAGUUUGACAAAGAGUCUUCCCCUCAACUCCAUCAGCUAAAGGGUGGUCCUGCUUAGUAGAAACGCGAAUCCCUGAGGUCGUCUUUGUAUGCUGCAAGGCCUUAUUUGUAUGGCCAGCCUUUUUGACCUGUUCGUAAUGUGAAUGUCUACUAAAGGGUACCUUAUCUGUUUCUUUGUAUGUCCGUUGUUUCCCCCCUUUACUGUAUCAUUUUUCAGCUUGCUUCUUGAGAGGCCGUGGUUUUAUUUGACGUUAUUAUAAAAUUCAAAGCUGAUGUGGCUGCUCCUGCGUUUCAGUCCUCCCAGUCUACUUGAGAGGACAGGCAGGGCCAGACGCACUUGUUCAUAUCACAGCUUCUGGUAAAAAAAAAAAAAAAAUGUCAUCUCAGAUUUUUCCUUCUCUUUCGUAAAUGAGCCAUUGAAUAAAAAAAAAAAAACACAAAUACUUUUACAUUUUCUUUAGCCAGUUGGCCAAUGUGAACAAGUUUGAAAGAAAUGUUCUUUAGUGUGUCUGUUUCACGAAGCACUUGUGGUCAGGAUCUGCAUGAACAGCGCAUGCUGAAAAGCCACAAAUGAACAGAACUCCUGCGUUCUUACUCGUCUCAGUGAAAGGUGGCUUGCGGUGGGUUUAAAGUACGGCUCAAAGAGUCCCCUCACUUGUAAGCAUCAUUUGUGUUCACUUUUAAUUUUUUUGUCCAAGCUACUAUAGUAAGCAACUAGAGAAACUUUUAACUGCUGCAUAUCAGGGACCUGGACAACGUUUCUUUUUUGUCAUUCCCUAUCUCUCUGUAGAAGGUAAGAAAAUAUUCCCCCACAUAAAAUACCGAGCUGGUCUCGCCCAAUAAACGUGAACAGAACAAAAGCUGACUGUUUAAGGCAGAGGUGGGCAGGAAGCCCUAAGACUUCUUGAUGCCCCAAUAGCGGGAUUAGUGUGACGUCUUUUGGCAUGUCUGUGGCCUGCUCAGUCCUUUGUAACUGUGAAGUCUUGUAAGAAGGCAUUUGAUGGCAAGAAAGUGGUACGAAAAUCCAAUCUUAAUGUAUAGCUGUAGGAAAAAAAAAACCCAAGCAAGUUUUAUAUUCCUGCCUCCGUAGACUUUGAAGAUGCGAAUAGAGUUGUGUUCUGAAGAUGGGCCGAUUUUAGUUUUCUUUCUCGCUCAGCAAUCGUUAGUUUGAUUAUGUGUUCUAGAAUCGGGAUUUGCUGGCGUUGACACUACAAGGGGGCUAACAGAAUGUGUAAGCUUGUUUUUUUUAUAGGUAUUAUUUUAAUUUUAUUAUUUUAAAACAAUUCCAAGUUUUCAUCAAGCUGAGCAAGGCUGCUUGAGCAGAAACCCAAAGCCGCCACUUUCUGUGUGAUCAGCGCCGUCUUGGCCUACUUCCCCACCCAAAACCCUUAUCUCGUGUUACUGUCGCCGUCGUCGGUCAUGCGCCUCCCCUGCUCACGUAAUGAUGUGGAAACUCUGCGCCAGUCAUCGUCUCGUCUGCAGGGAUGCCUCAAAAAAUGAGAGAAUUAUCGUCUCAAGUUAGUAGCAGCACAGCUCCUCCUUUAAUUGUCAAAGGGGUCACCAUGAGACUUCCUUGCUCAAUGAAUGAAAUAUUAGGCUAAUUAAAAUCAUAAUAACAUAACCAUUACAAUUAUUGUAACUGUGCCAGCUCAGACAGGCGCCUCUCUUCUUAAAUCUGCAUAAAUAACCGAUAACUCUGUGCCCAUUAUUAUUAUUGAAACGAGUUAUAAUUCUGCUCACCAGGAAUCCUACAUUUGUCAGCAUUGCUAUUGUAUAAAAAAUAAUGAAAGGAAUUACCUGAGCCUGUGAAACACAAAUGAGGGUCCCAUCUUAUGAGGCCCACCCUUUUCAAUAGGAGUUGUUAGGUCAAUGAAAAGCCGGCCUCCAAUAUUACAUGUCAUCUUAUAUGCGGAGAAGCUUCUGAAAUGAUCCAAAUUAUAACUUUACUUGACCAGUCUUGAGUUGUAGAUGCUGCCGUGGUCACCGUGACCCUCCAUUGCUCACUUAAUGUACCGUGUGAAGUCUGUUAAGGAAAGAAAAACCCAAAACGUUAGUAAUAAAAUAACCGUUUGACAUCUGUUACUGGUUGUCCCUGUGCAGUUAUAGCUGCCCCAGCUUGGGAAGAUGAUUCUUUAAAAAAAAAAAAAAUAAAAUAAAACAAAAGCGAUUUAUAUCUAUAAUAAAAUGACAGUUUGGCGUAUGGUCAUAAUAGGAUGUGCCACCAUGAAAUUCCUGUGUGGUCUGGAAGUUGCCCUCUUAACAGAAAGUGUGUUGUUAAGGCAAUGAAGAGUCUGCCAUCACCCUUACGGUUAUCUUGCGGAGAUCCCGCCAUACUAAUAAUAGUAAUAAUAAUACUGUUUUUAUGUCCUAGCCACACUUCUCCUAUCAUGCAGUAGCUCUUGCAAGAUCAAUAUGAAGCGUCCUCCUGUUAUUAAUAAGGAGUUGUGGAAAUGUGAACAGAAAUACACGUCUUGCGUUACAUUAUUGGUGUGCCACUUUUCCUGUGUCGUAUUGCAAAGAUUCUUCACAAAUAUUUGAAUUAUUGCUUGUCACCUUCCAGUUAUUCUGUAGUGUCCUUAGAGUCUGUUAAAGCGUUCCUUUCUGCACCGCAUAUAAUAAAGUGAGCUCAGUGCCAGUUUUUUUUAGCCCUUAUCUUUAAAUGUAUUCAAAUGCAAUAGUACAAUGAAUUCCUUUUUCAAUAACGGAAAUGCUGCUCAAAUAACUGAACGAUGCGUUUUAGCGACUCACUUUAGUUAGCUCAUUGUGUCUUGGGAAAAAAAUAAUAAAUUGAAACGGCCGUUGGGUCAGAAAAUCCUCGUUAUUUAUAUAACAUCCUCUUGUAUCAGUUGACGCUUUAUCUGUCCUGUGUAUCUCUGCCCUUUUCUGUUUUAUUGCUUCCUUUGCACAGAUUGUAAGAGAUGCAGCGAUAUGGGAGGUAAAUCUCAUUGGCUUCUGGCCUGUGACAAAGGAUGGGUUUCGGUUGAUGACCCCCAUAUUAACUGUGAUAAUACCAGAGCUCGUUUAUUCCCUGUCUCUUGACAUUACUGAUCAUGAAUGGCCUGCUGCCCAGGGCUUUGUUGCACCUCUGCUUUGACUAAGCAUUUGAUCCAUCCUGGUGAUGGAGGAAUUGAAUCUUUCACGCUUGUCGUUUCAAUCCCAGAAUACCAAUUUCUUGAAUUCAAGCUGUCCUUGAGCCAUGGAGAGUGGGUAUAGUUGGCUAACCUGUACCACUGAGAGGCUUCAUGGAAACCCCGACAAAUGCUUUCUUGCUGGGAUUUGAAACAUUUUUUAAAAUGCUGCUAACAUCUUUAGUAAUAAACCCAAUGUGAGAUCAGAGGGUCUGUUUCAUCAGCCUUGUUCAGUUUGACUUUUGCACAUUUUGUUGAUGGGUAGUGACUGGGACUAAUCUGUAAAACUUUAGUAAAUGUAAAAAAAUGGAUUGUAAUUAAUCCUUAGUUUGUGUAUUUUGAUACUUGAAUGAUUUUUUAUAUGGAUGUAUGUCUUUUUUUUCUGAUCUGAAACAUAUCAUGGUACCAAUAUCUUAACUGUCUGUGCAAGAGACAAAAAAUAAACUGGGACAGACCUCGGUACAA